AGAUCAUGUGGUGCGGCGGGAGGAAGUGCUGCUUGUUUUCCCGGCUCGGCCCCGGAGCGGCGGGCGCGGCGCGAUGCGCGGGUACCCGGGAGCGAACGGCUGCGAGCCCCGAUGAAGCUCGAGCGGCCCCAGCCUGAUGGAGGCGCCUCGGUGGGAGCCGGUGCGCAAUGGCUCGCUGCCUCCUACGCUGAGCCCCGCGGUGCCGCCCUACGUGAAGCUCGGCCUCACCGCCGUCUACACCGCCUUCUACGCGCUCCUCUUCGCGUUCAUCUAUGUGCAGCUCUGGCUGGUGCUGCGUUACCGUCACAAGCGGCUCAGCUACCAAAGCGUCUUCCUCUUCCUUUGCCUCUUCUGGGCCUCGUUGCGUACUGUGCUCUUCUCCUUUUACUUCCGAGACUUCGUGGCAGCCAACUCGUUCAGCCCCUUCGUCUUCUGGCUGCUCUACUGCUUUCCCGUGUGUCUACAGUUCUUCACCCUCACGCUCAUGAACUUGUACUUCACGCAGGUGAUUUUCAAGGCCAAGUCAAAAUAUUCUCCAGAAUUACUCAAAUACAGGUUACCCCUCUACCUGGCCUCCCUUUUCAUCAGCCUUGUUUUCCUGUUGGUGAAUCUGACCUGUGCUGUGCUGGUGAAGACAGGGGACUGGGACAGGAAGGUCAUCGUCUCUGUGAGAGUGGCCAUCAAUGACACGCUCUUUGUGCUCUGUGCCAUCUCCCUCUCCAUCUGCCUCUACAAGAUCUCCAGGAUGUCCCUGGCCAACAUCUACUUAGAGUCAAAGGGCUCGUCAGUGUGUCAGGUAACUGCCAUCGGUGUCACCGUCAUCCUGCUCUACACCUCUCGGGCCUGCUACAACCUGUUCAUCUUGUCAUUUUCCCACAUCAAGAACGUCCAUUCCUUUGAUUAUGACUGGUACAAUGUAUCAGACCAGGCCGAUCUGAAGAGCCAGCUGGGCGAUGCUGGCUACAUAGUGUUUGGCGUGGUACUUUUCGUGUGGGAGCUCUUACCCACCACCUUGGUGGUUUAUUUCUUCCGAGUCAGAAAUCCCACGAAGGAUCUUACCAGUCCUGGGAUGGUCCCCAGCCAUGGAUUCAGCCCCAGGUCUUACUUCUUUGACAACCCCCGGAGAUAUGACAGUGAUGAUGAUCUUGCCUGGAACAUUGCCCCCCAGGGACUUCAGGGAAGUUUUGCUCCAGACUACUAUGAUUGGGGACAACAAAACAACAGCUUCCUGGCACAAGCAGGGACUUUGCAUCAGGCCUCCACUGUGGAUCCAGACAAAGCAAGGCAAGGGUAGCAGCCGCUGACAGGCCUGCGGAAGAGCCUUCUCCUGAAAACCUUCAGCCAGACAGAACGGAUGACAGCUGAGUUUUAAGGCAGUUUUCCUUAUGAAACAGAACUUUAUUUUUUGCUGUGGCUCCACAGGGCUAAGCAAUAAUUUAGAGCAAUGAACCCUUUAGUCCUGGGAGAACCUGGCUAUCUCAGUGGGUAUAAUUUAAACUUUUAAAAGAGAUUCUGUACUUUUAUAAAGAUGUAUUUUAUAUAACUUAAAUACUAAUGCUAAAGUAUAUUAGGUUUUUCCUUGAUUGUUAAUUGCAACGUAUGUUGUAGUUUGCACAGACUUUCAUGCAUAAUUCACUUUAAGACGUAUAGGAUACGUGGUCUGAUAGUUUAAAGCUUUUGGGGAAGGUUCCACAAAUCUUACCUCUGAAGGUCACUCUUCUGAGUGCCUCUCCAGUGUUCAACGUAAGGGGAAGUGCAGUGCCACGCACGGCCUCUACGCAGCAGGCAGCAGGCUCGGCAGUGGAAGUUUCUCUUAAACUCUGUCCCAAGUCUGGUGCUUCUUCAUUUGAAAGCACUACUCCGAGCACUCCAGUAACAAGUGGAUCCUGCCAAGAUGUCCCGGGCACAAUGAAACCUCUCUGCUGCGUGUGUAGCCAUUUUGUAGCAUUUUCUUUGUUUUCUUCUGCUCGGUGUAACUGAAUACUCACUACCUCAGUAGGAUGGAAGGACUGCACCUUCCCUGACUCGCUAUGGUCAGUGACAGCCAAGAGGUCCCCACAGAGUUUUAACAAUAAAUAUUUCUGGCCUUCAAGCUUGAAAGGACUGCAGACUUCUGACAGCUUUUCUGUAAAACAAGCCUGUAAUAUGUGUGAGACUGACACGGUGCUCACUGCCUGUUAUCUUUAAAUAGUAUUCUAUUAAAAGCUGUGUGUAUGAAAAAGUGGGCUCCAGCUGUCCUGGAUCUCACUCUGUGGACCAGGCUGGCCUCGAACUCAGAAGUCUGCCUGCCUCUGCCUCCCAAGUGCUGGGAUUAAAGGCGGGCGCCACCACCGUCUGGCUUCACUCCCACUUUUAACUUAACAGGGCCAGGCCCACUUUCUCUGUUUUGUUACAUUUAAAAUUGGGAGCCCAGGUUUCCUGUGGGUUGUGAUUGGCUUUCCAUUGUAUUGAGCACAGCUGAAGACCCUGUAUAGUCCCGCACCACGCCUUUGCCUUUGAGUGUGAGUGAACAUCUGGGCUGCAAGCCACUUACAAUCGUUUCUUUGCCAGGGAGAAUUCUGGCAAAACCUAGAUAAAUUGCCUAAAUCAUUAGUUUGCACAGUUGUAUCUGUCACUAUACCUGUAAUAAUUUGGCUGUUGCAACCAAUGCUCACAGCUCCUGUGUCCUUGUCUCCAGCAGGUCUGUACCUGUCAGCAGUCAAGGGCAGGGUUUUCUGGAAAGCACAGCAUCAUUAAGAUUGCUCUGUAUGCACUCAUUUUGUAGCACGCACACACUGUGCAGUUGGUUAAUGCCGGGUGUCUGUUUUCUUACAGUAACAAACAAGCUAUAAUCCACUUUUACAGCAAUAAAAAGACUAAAGCUCUGAAA